UUCAAAUAGAGUGUGAGCUGCAGAGGUUUGCUGCAUGUUAACAUACAGAACAUUACUACUUGACGUGUGUACAAUUAUUAGUUCAAAAGUCGAACUGGCACGAAUUUGAAUUAAUGUGAACCACCAAAGGAAAGCGAAAAGUUAGCUGCCAUGACUGUAGUAAUUGGAUUUGAGGGCAGUGCCAAUAAGAUCGGCAUCGGAAUCAUCAGGGAUGGCGAAGUGCUUUCCAACCCGAGACGGACCUACAUUACCCCCCCUGGUCAAGGCUUCAUGCCGAGUGACACCGCCAGGCACCACCGUGCUGUCAUACUGACUGUCCUGAAGGAGGCGCUGGAGCAAGCAGGGCUGAAGCCUGCAGACAUCGACUGUGUGGCAUACACAAAAGGUCCUGGUAUGGGUGCUCCUCUGGUAACGGUGGCUCUCGUGGCUCGUACAGUCGCACAGCUUUGGGGGAAGCCGCUCCUCGGCGUCAACCACUGCAUUGGACACAUUGAGAUGGGCCGACUCAUCACACAAGCUGACAACCCUACCGUGCUUUAUGUCAGUGGAGGGAACACGCAGGUUAUUGCAUACUCAGAGCGGCGGUACAGAAUAUUUGGGGAGACCAUCGACAUUGCAGUUGGCAACUGUCUGGACAGGUUCGCUAGAGUUAUAAAGAUUUCCAAUGACCCCAGUCCAGGCUACAACAUAGAGCAGAUGGCCAAAAAAGGGAGUCAGUAUGUGGAGCUGCCAUAUACAGUAAAGAAGGAUGUCUCAUUCUCUGGGAUCUUAUCCUAUAUUGAGGAAGCGUCUCAUAAGAUGCUAAGCUCGGGUCAGUGUGCAGCAGAGGACCUAUGUUUCUCCCUGCAGGAGACUGUGUUCUCCAUGCUGGUGGAGAUCACGGAGAGGGCCAUGGCUCACUGUGGCUCCAAAGAGGUCCUUAUCGUUGGGGGUGUUGGCUGCAACCUGCGUCUGCAGGAGAUGAUGGGGGUGAUGUGUAAGGAGAGAGGAGCCAAGCUGUUUGCCACAGAUGAACGGUUCUGCAUAGACAACGGAGCAAUGAUUGCUCAAGCUGGCUGGGAGAUGUUUAGGUCCGGUCAGGUGACGGAGCUGGAAGACUCAUGGAUUACACAAAGGUACAGAACAGAUGAAGUGGAGGUGACAUGGAGAGACUGAUGGAAUAACAUAUUGGUGCUACAUAUGUUGUUGCAGCAGGUCUGUUAUGACGAUGGGACAAAUUCUUCUGGUUGCGGUGGUGGACUACCAUAGUUCCCCAUAGUAACUGUUCCCCUGAAACAAAGCUGAGGUCAGGUUUACAAUGCAACUCUGACACUUCAUUAACAUGUACACCCAGUGCAGCUUCUCCCUACAAAAAUUUCUGGCACUUUAAUUUGGUGUUUAACUGUUGUACUUUGUAACUGUCAGGAAGGGAAACGUGAUUUAACUGUACAGCAGUAAAACUACAAAUUAAAAAAAGAUUAAGAUGGAACAUGUCAAGUUUAUUCAUUUUAUUAAGCAAUACUGUUCACUUACAUUCCUCCUCUUUCUCCAGUGUAAAUUUUAUUUAUUCAAUACAUUUUCUUUCAAAAAUCAACAUACUGAACAUGGUGAGAUUCCUUAUGGAUUCAUGAGUAACAUUCACCCGAUUAGGAAACCAAAUAAAAA